AUGGUCCCCCCUCCCUGGCAUGCUCUGCCCCUGUCGCAGGCUGAUCUUGGCCCACUGUUCUCCAACUCCAGCCCCUUCGCCUUCACCCAGUCCCUGCUCAUGGUGCCUCCGGCUGGGGCAGUCUCCAAAGCGGGGGUUCGGGCUUCAUUCGGGCCUUACUCUGUCAGCCAGCCUCCACUGGGUCUAUGUGUGGUGACCCUGGCCCUACCGAAGGACUGGUUUGAGGCGGACCAGACCAGCCAGCCCUACCUCAGCCCCAACCAGCAUGCCCGGCAGACACACCACACCCGUAAUCGGGGACGACGGCACGAGGGUGGUGUCGUUGGUGGAACCGGUGGCGUCCCCUUCCCAGGCGCUCUCCGAUACAGCCCCGCCCACGCCGGCGACCGCAUCCAGCUGUACUACUCAUUGUUCGGCACAGCGUCCAACCGCAAACUAGCACCCCCUAGGUGUGUGCAAGACAAAUUACCACCGUCUCAGAGAGAGUUGUUUUAUAUAGGAGCUGUGACUCUGAGGGAGUACAAUAAGCGGAAAGAAGCCAACGGGACCAAAGAGAAAAUAGGCUGUUGCAAUGGACAGGAAGAGGAGGAGCUAUGGUUGGAUUCCAACGUGCUGAUUCGCUAUCGCAGGGGACCGGUCCGAGCGGGACAGCCAAUAGGGGUUUCUGUGAACCUGAGGCCCAAUUUCAGUGCAGAGUUUGUUGUUAUCCGACUGAAGGUGAAGAAAGGCCUUUUGUCUCUGGUUGCCCAGCGCUCUCUGAACUCUGACCUCUGGGUUGUGAACCUGGAGAGAACCCAGGGCUCCAAACAUGAUGUCAUCUCCAUCAUCUGCCACAAACUGGCCAGACACAUGGACAGCGACGGGUAUUACUUCAUCAUAUAUAUUACUGUACAAUAG